CCUAAUUCUCUCUCUCUCGCUCUAUUUCCUCUCCUCCCUCCAUUUCUUCUCCGGCCUGCUUUUUUUCUCCGGCCGCCAUCUAUUAUCUGGCCGAAUUCGUGGCUAAUAAUGUUUAAUCGAUUCUUAUCUCUGGACGCCGUUUCUUUUCACUCAAAAUCUACUAUUUCAAUCAAAUCAAAACCUAGGGUUUGCUAUCAAAAAUUUUAGAACCCUAAAAUAAUAAGCAGAAAUCGAAUGGAUCCGAUUGAGGACGGCGGAAGCGAAUACGACAUAGCAGAAGAAGAUGAAAAAACCACUAAUCAUCUCCGUGAUCGUUUUCGCCUUUCCACAAUCUCUAUUGCUCAAUCUGAAGUGUUACAGAGAAUAAAUGCAAGGGAGUUGUGUUAUUUCUAGCACAAUUAGAUCUCGAUUAGCUUCUUGAUGACUUUUAAAAACACUCGCUGUGGAAGGAAAUUGGAAGAAACAGUCAAUAAGUAUCGCGAACUAAGUGAAACCCGACUUACUUACAUGAGCGAGUUACAGUUUUUGAUUGAGUUCAAGAGGAGGUAUUUCGUCAUUGCAAAUGAUGAAGCUGAACAUAAGGAGAAUGAUGAGGAAACUAAAGAAGAAAAAGAAGAAGUAGAAGAAGAAGAUGUAGAAGAAGAGGAAGAAGAAGAAGAAGAAGAAGAAGAAGAAGAAGAAGAAGAAGAAGCUCAAGAUGAGGAUGAUGAGGAGGAUGCUGAUCAGAAAGUAGCGGAGAUGCAAAUUACUAGAAAGUUGAGAAAAAGAAAGAAGCCUAAUAAACAAGUUGGUUACAUAUGGCAAGUUAAGAAAACGCCCAUGAAAAAAUGCAAGAAAUUAGCCAUCAAGAAUCCCACAGAUAGAUGGUCAAAGAGAGGUAUGAUGCUGAACUCGGUCUUUUAGAAUUAAUGAAGGAAAAGCAAGCAAAGAUAGGCAAUCCAAUUACAAGGCCUCAACUUAGAAUUGAAGCAAGAAAGAGGAUUGGUGACACUGGCCUCUUAGACCACCUCCUCAAACAAGUCGCAAACAAGGUGGCAAUAUUUUUAGGUUGGUCAUGGAUUAUAAUCAAAAGUUAUUGCUCCUCAUUGUGAUGUUCUUGUAUCUUCGCUACUUCAGUUAUGUCCGAGCACCAUUUUACAUUAGAGUUGUUGCAAGGGAAUGAUACACAAUGCAUUGAACUCCUACGUAUGUCUUGCGCUUCACAAUUUUAUACGAAAAGAGGGUUUAAGUGAUGAGUUUUUCUGAUGAAUAUGAUCAACCAAAUGUAACCCUUCAAAAUGGAGAUGAGAGUGUAAUGGGUGGUGGUGAAGAUGGAGAACAAGUACCAAGACAUGGAAGUGCAGCGGACCGUGAAUUCAUGAGUCAACUUCGAGAUCAAAUAGCACAACGCUUAAUGCAAAACAAUGUACUUCAAUUUUGUUUUGCUAUUUUUGUAUUUUUAAUAUAACUUGAAUGUUAAAUAACUUUUAUCUUGUAAGAUCAGCUUAACCUUACAUAUUAUGAGUUUAUGCUUACAUUAUCCAAUUUAUAAAACAAAAAGUCUUAUAUUUUUA